CACUUUCACGUGGCAACUCUGUGCGCCGGUCGCUGCCGCAGCCGCAGCCGCAGCCUGAGCCAUAGCCAUGCCGGGUCUGCUGCUCGGGGACGAAGCCCCCAAUUUCGAGGCGGACACCACAUACGGCCGCAUCCGCUUCCACGACUUCCUGGGGGACUCAUGGGGCAUUCUCUUCUCCCAUCCCCGGGACUUCACCCCAGUCUGUACAACAGAGCUUGGCCGGGCAGCAAAGCUGGCACCUGAGUUCAGCAAGCGCAAUGUUAAAAUGAUAGCCCUCUCUAUUGACAGCGUCCAGGACCACCUCGCCUGGUGUAAGGAUAUCAAUGCAUACAAUGGCAAUGAGCCCACAGAGAAGCUGCCUUUUCCAAUCAUUGCUGAUGCAAAUCGGGAGCUCUCAGUCCAGCUGGGCAUGUUGGACCCAGAUGAGCGGGACAAGGAUGGCAUGCCUCUGACAGCACGUGUUGUGUUUAUAUUUGGCCCAGAUAAGAAACUGAAGCUGUCCAUCCUCUACCCAGCAACCACAGGCAGGAACUUUGAUGAGAUCCUCCGAGUAGUGGAUUCUCUACAGCUGACAGCGUACAAGAAGGUUGCUACCCCGGUGGACUGGAAGCCUGACACCAGCGUCAUGGUUAUUCCCAGCUUACCUGAUGAUGAGGCCAAAAAACUCUUCCCUGCAGGCAUCUUCACCAAGGAACUCCCGUCGGGCAAGAAGUACCUCCGUUAUACCCCCCACCCCAAGUGAUGGAGUCGGCUUGCUGGACUGCUGAUCAUGUGGCUUCAUUAGAUUGGUUCUUUUGGCAUGCCCAAAGCAUGUUGGAGGGCAUGAGGGGGCUCUGGGGAGUAGAUAUCCUACUAGGUAAACCCAAUACCUCCUGUCUUCACUUUCCUUUCUGAUCACAGCUGUUAGCUGUCUCAUUGCACUCCCUUGCACCUGGCUCAAAGUUGUGGCUCAAGUCACAACAGAUGCUUGGUUCUCUUAAGCCAUGUGAUCAGCAGUCUCGUAUUGUCUGUGCUUGAGACAAGCUGGCUGGUGGCAUUACAUUCAUGUGAAGUCUUGAUUUUUAUAUUAAACCAGUCACCCACUUCUUUUUGCCCCACAUGUCCCUUUUAUAAAGCAGAAAUGUAUGAGAUUUGCUAAUUGAGGAGAAGGGUGAGAGUUGCCUAAGUACUAAAUUUUCAGGUGGUUGGGUGUGUCCCAAUAAAAUACCGGUUUUAGGGCAGAGGUGAAGUUAUUCAGGCUUCAAAGGUAGAUUCCAUUACACAGCAAACAGCAGAUAAGGGAGCCCUGGGUAAUAUGGGCCAUGGGGGUGUCAAUAGCUGAGCUGUGGACACUGCUUUCUUGCAACAGUCAAAUGCUGGAUAAGGCAGGAUCCCACCUGCUAUGUGCCUUUUGAACAAAAGUUUGUUAAUCAGAAAUUUCCCUUCUGAGAGCUCCACUACUGAAGCCUAUGCUGAAGAUGAGCUACAGAGCCAAGACUUUAAUAUAGAGCUGUUUCUCUUGGGUUGGACUGGGUUGGGGUUUUUUUGUUUGCUUGCAAUUGCUUGAUUUCGCUUUUUUUUCAGUCCAGCAAAUAAACCAUCCUUUCCUGGUAA